CCUCCGGCAGUCUCUGCUCGGCGUUCUAGCGGCCAGGAACAGCGAUCUGCGAUCCGCGCUGCGGGCAAUGCAUCCCCGUUGCCAUGAGGCCCAUCUAUCAGCAGGAGCAGCCGCUCUUCUACCAGCGGCCAGCUAAUCUCCGACGCCUACGUCAUCCGCCGGGCACCGUCUACGGUCGCAGCUAUUCGCUCGAGGAUCAGCCGGAGGAUGUGAUCCCCGUCUAUCCGAAGUUCAUUUACGCCACACAGCAGCAGCAGCAGCAAAGGGCUCAGUAUCCACUGUACCAGCUGGGCGACUCACUGAGCUCACUGGAGAGCGAUUUCCCCGAGAAUGAGUACAGUGGAGCCUACAUAGUCGAACCGAAUGUUCCCCCCACGCCCAAAGUGGUCCAGAAUCUCAAUGCCCUAGGGCGACUCUUGGAGCUCCUGCAGCGCUGUCCUCUGCCGUGUCUCUCCUUCAACACCGCCUGCAUCUGCUCGCUGAUCGUCAUAUUUCUCGCACCGCGCACUUGUGCCCAGAGUUUACUGUUUCCCGCUUUCAGAUUGUUCUGCGGCACCCUGUACCCGGCCUACGCCUCCUACAAGGCCGUCAGGACCAAGGAUGUCAAGGAAUAUGUAAAAUGGAUGAUGUACUGGAUUGUCUUUGCAUUUUUCACCUGCAUCGAAACAUUCACGGACAUCUUUAUCUCCUGGCUGCCGUUCUACUACGAGGUGAAGGUGGCCCUGGUCUUCUGGCUCCUCUCGCCGGCCACAAAGGGCAGUUCGACGUUGUAUCGCAAAUUCGUGCAUCCCAUGUUGACGCGCCACGAACAGGAGAUCGAUGAGUACGUGAACCAGGCCAAAGAGCGGGGCUAUUCGGCGGUCCUGCAGCUGGGCUCCAAGGGAGUCAACUAUGCCACCAACGUCCUCAUGCAGACGGCCAUUAAGGGAGGCGGCAAUCUCGUGCAGACGAUCAAGCGGAGCUACAGCCUCAGCGAUCUGAGCGAGCCGGAUAUGCAUCGCACACAGGAUGAAAUGGACGCCGUGAUGAUGUCCUCGAUGGCUUCGUCGGCGGUGGUGAUGCGUUCGCCAUCCACGGGCGCUCGUCUGCUGAGGCCAAGGAAUCAGACGCCAGUGGGCAGAUCCGGCAGCGGCACCCGCCACUCCACUGGCAUGUAUUUCACGGAGGUGGAUGUGACCGCCAAGAAUGCGGGCGAUUUCAACUACAACAUUCGCAGCCAGGAUGACAUCAGCUCCGGCUACUCGAGUGCCGAGCCCGUGAGCGGUCUCAGUCGCACCUCCUCCAUGACGAAUGCUUCCAAGGGUCGGGCCAAGUCCAAACGCAAUGAGCAGUUGCUGGAAGAGAUGAGGGACGAGGUCUACUUAGAGAACCAGCUGUACUUUCAAGGUGUGCGAGGGGAGAACUCGAUUCCAACGGCCCACGAACUGAAGAUUGUGGAGAGCUUUGAAAGAAUCCCAUUUCGGGAGCAGGAGGAGAAUGAUAACGCGGAGGAUGAGGACUUCUUUGAGGCCUUGCCCUUAAUAGAGGAGGAGAUAAGUGAAGUGGAAUUGUCCAACCCAGAUCCACAAAAUAAUUUUACACAAGAGGAGGAGUUUGAAGAUGCAUUAUUCGAAGAACCAAAUCAACUAGAUUCAACCCAAGUGGAUACCAAAAAAAACAAUGAUUUAAGCGGGGAGGUACAUAUAGAGAAGUUACAAAAUCUGAGUACGAAUGGAUCCGCCGACACUACUGAACUGCACAAAUGCAAACCAUAUGUCCAACCACCCAUAGAUCCCUUUUUGUUGGUUUUGAGCACUUCUGCAUCCGCACCAGAUCCCUUUCUGCCCGAACGACAGCGUCCAAUGUCGCCUCGUGAAAUGCGGGCCACCCUGGAGGAGAUUAAGCACAGCUUCCGCGCACAACUCGAACCAGAGCCCUCCAUAUCGAGCUCCCCGUCGCCCUCCUUGCGACCCAGGGCCAACCAUGGCAAGGGGCGAGCUCCACCUCCGCCAUUGCCGCCGAAGAGGCACUCUUUGAGUCCUCAACCGGACGCCAUCAGCCAGACAUCGACGGGCAGCGUGGAACGCAAGUCAGGUAUCGGCCAACUGUUCAAGCAUAUCAAAGCUAAUGUGCUGCGUAACAAAGCUAAUCCCAGCCAGCGGCCGGAGGAUGAGCAGGUGGCGGCCAGAGAGACGCAAAUUUGAAGACAAAUCCAUGUCUGCUAGCUGCACCACCUUGCCACGGUCGAGCAGCCGGAAAUCGGAGAGAUCCCAGGUGGGUGGCACUGCCACUGGUCAGGUCAAAAUGCGCAACAAGUCGG